CAGCGAUCCACUUUCGCACUCCACAAGACAACCUAUCAUCGACUUCCACGUCGCAGUGUCCUCCAUCCCCAUAUCCCUAAUUCUCAUGCGGUCAAUGUCCCAGUGCAUCCUUUCCCCGUGGUGCAGGUGCAGGUGCAGGUGCCCUGCCAGUCCAGUCGCGAGGCCCCGUGCACCACUGGCAGCCCAGCCAGCCGACUGGACAGUCAUCAGCUGCACGGGCGGGCCUCUGUCAUGGAUGAGAACCUGUCGUUUCUCCAGGACAGGUCAUUCCAUUGCGCUCGUUGUGGCCCCGCAGACGCCGCCAGGAUCGGCCAUAUGCAGGCAGCGGAACGCGAUUACGGGAAAGCUAUUGAGCGCCGCGCCGCGCGCUUCGGUGGGGAUCGGAUGGAUACGUACUUGAGGAGUCGGUAUGGGGCACAGCGGACGAUACGCGCUCUACAGGCCUGGGAAGGUUCGAAGCAAUGUUGAGGGCCGCUGGGACGCGAAGCAGUGGUUCUCCUGUCCUCAGGCCGAUACCGAUUCUUUCGUGGUCGGCGCAGCUGCAGACGACAUUCGAAGCUGUUCGCCGGCACUCGUUUCCUACGCCCAAUGGCUCCCCAGGUAUCUGAGAUCAGAGCCGCCCGGGAGAGCGAGGUGACACCCGUUCCUUACGUCGUGUUGUCUGAGUCCGGUCGUUCGUCAGAGCAAGAGCAAGCAAGUGUUUGUCGGAUCGUCUUUGCCGAACGAGCGCGAUACCAGCGUCCACAGGUGACGAUGUGCGCGACAGGUAGGUCUCUUGUAUGAGCAAUGCGUCGACAUUUACAGUUUUAUGGGGCGCCAUUCGAUGUCCUUGGAAGCUGGGAACACGAUACCCACUAGUCAAGUUCCGUACCAAGGCACGCUCUGUGAUGGCAGCGCGGCGACUGUUUGUGCAUGCACACAUCUGAAGGCCUUGAUUUACGGGGUCAUCGUGUGGAGAACGGGCUACUCGAACCUACAAGGGAUGCCGUGUCGUCACAGAGUCCACAGUAUCGCCGUGUCCACGGCACACACAAACGUUGCACCCGAUCGACACAGCCACCGGAUCAUUCAACAACCAAAUCCGAGUCCCAAUGUAUAUUUAUGCCCCACCGACCGACUCCCAUGUUGCAAGUUACGGCCGCUGUCAGGUAUAUGCCGCGUCUACGCCGCAUCGAG